AUGGCGAAGAAUAAAAACAAGAAGAAGCAAAAUGGCAAAGAGUUAGUGGCAGAUUUGGACAAGAAGCUAGACCAGUUUCAACAGACUGAAAAUGAGCCUGAGGAAAUACAUGACGGCCCUGCUCCUGGAGAUAAAAAGCACGACGCUACUAAAAAGGAGAGCGAAUCGGCUGAUGACGAGCAGGCUACGCAAAUGAAAGACUCUAUUUCCACGACACAUCAAACAGAGAUUAUAGAGGAACUCAAGCGACAAUUGGAAGCCAAAGACCAAGAGAUUCUACGACUGGAAUCCAAUAGUCUCAAAGAUCAGCUUGAACAGAAAACACAGGAAUGCGAGAAAUACCAGUCUAACUAUCAGGCACUGCUGAGCAGAUUGUCUUCGAUGAAGUCAGUGUUUCAAAAAAUGAAGGAGUCAGAGACUGAGCUGGAGAACACCCAAAGCGAGCUGAAAACAUGUAAGGAGACAAUCAAAGUUUUGGAGGGCCAAGUUGAGGAAAAGCAGAAAGCUAUCGAUGCGUUGAACCUAUCAGUGACAUCAUUGAAAGAUGAGGCAGCCAAUUUGAACGCCGAAUGCGAUAAGCUGAGCAAAGACUAUGCGAUGCUGAAAAAGAGUGCCGAACUGAAAGAUGACGAGCAAACACUGGAAAUCAAGCGACUUGAGACGUCCAAUAAAAAAUACGCCGUGGAGCUCAAGGAGCUUAGGUCCGAGAUCGAGGAAUAUCUGAUAAUCGUGAAUGAAGAGAAGAUUUCCAAGAAGAAUCUCUUGCAUGAGAUGAACGAAACGAAAGCCAAGAAUGAAAGCCUGAUUACCGAAAACAAGGCUUUGCAAGAGGAGCGCAAAUUUCUUCAAGAUCAAAUCACAGACCUGGAGGCCAGGAUUGCAAACAUCACGCAGACAUUUGAGGGAGAAAAGCACGACUUACAACAUCAAAUAGAGACCAAUAUCACUAAAGCAACUGCCACGGAGCAGCAGUUGCAAGAAGCACAGUCGAAGCUGGUGGAGGCUGAGCAAAAACUGGCGCGAAUCACAGAUCUUGAGAACGAGAUUAAGCAAAAGCAGCUCACAAUUGGCAAGUUAAGACAUGAAACUAUUGUGUUGAAUGAGCAUUUAAUGAAAGCCAUGAAGCUGGUCAAAAAAGAGUCUACGACCGAAACAGUGGAUCGCGAGUUGAUCUCCAACCUUCUAAUUUCGUUUCUUCAAAUACCUAGGGCGGACGCCAAAAAAUUUGAGGUGCUGCAACUCAUCUCCAACUUUUUGAACUGGGACGAUGAAAAAAAAAGACAUGCGGGGCUACUGUCGUCGCAUUCGAAAACCAAUUCGAACAGCGUUUUGAACGUUCCUAGCACGCCCCUUGUUGAGAAUUCUGCACCGCGGUCUGGUCAGUCGUUUGUGUCGCUAUGGACAGAGUUCCUUGAGAAGGAAUCUACGCCUUCUAAGUAA